AUGUCGAACCUACCUUCUCACGCCUCCCCAACCUUCGUGGCGCAAGAUGCGCCUCCCCACCCUGUGGAAGAACUCUCCAUUAGCACAGAUCAAGCAACAAUUCUGCCCUCAGAUAGCAGAGUAGACGAGCUUCGUGACAAUGCUAUCGCCCAGUCCGACAGCGCAGAUAGCGAUCGGGGUGAUGUAACCCCCGCCGUGCCUGCCUCCCUCCUCUCCCCUUCCUUUACCCCUCCAGCUACACCCGGUGGUACAUUCAAUCCAGCGAAAUUGCUUCAACAGACUCAACAGUUAUCACACACUAAAGCCCCGAAACUUCUUCCUUGCCUUCCCGAAGUCGAAUGCAUCGUUCGCGCACGGAUUCCCACCACCACCGGCGCGGAGAUGUUUCUCCAUCUCUAUCACAACAACUUGGACAACAAAGAGCACUUGGCAAUUGUGUUUGGAAACACUAUUCGAAGUCGGAGCCUGGACAAGGUUCGGCCAGGGGAAACGGAAAUGGAUCGUAUGAUACGUGGAGCUUAUGUGGGCACAUUGCAUCCCGGUCGGGUGAGCAGUUGGUAUGAUGAUGGAAACGCUGAGGGUGCAGCUGGUGACGGUGGACCUGUAUCAUCAGAAAGGUCAACUGCGACAGAGAGUUCACCUAGUCAAGCGCCACUUGUGAGGAUACACUCCGAAUGCUAUACCGGAGAGACCGCCUGGUCUGCGCGCUGCGAUUGUGGUGAACAACUAGACGAAGCAGCCAGGUUGAUGUCCUUCCCCAUGGAGACUCUAAGUGAAAUGGCUUCCCAGCAAGCUGUUCCGGUGCCUUCCAAUGCCUCUGGCGGGGUGAUUGUUUACCUGCGGCAAGAGGGUCGCGGAAUAGGACUGGGAGAGAAGCUCAAGGCCUACAACUUGCAGGAUCUUGGCUCCGACACUGUAGAGGCUAACCUUCUCUUGCGACACCCUGCUGACGCGAGAAGCUACGGUCUGGCUACCGCGAUCCUAGUCGACCUUGGGUUGGGUGUGGAUGCCAAUCCUCACGGCAUCCGACUUCUUACGAAUAACCCGGACAAGGUUCGCGCCAUUGAGGGUGCAAAUCGUGAGGUGGCGGUUAAAGAGCGUGUGCCAAUGAUACCUUUGGCAUGGAGGUCGGGGGGAAAGCAGGGCAUCAAAAGUCUAGAAGUAGAGGGCUAUCUCAGGACCAAGAUCGCGAAAAUGGGACACAUGAUUGAAUAA